AUGAGUACCAUUAACCUGAGCAAAGUCAAUAAUUGGCUCCAUGUUGUCAAUAAACUGCCGUACUUGACAUCCUUGAUGUUGUACUCUUGUAAUCUUCUGAAUAUUUUCUCUAUUCCCCUUGAUAAUUCUUCUACUUCUCUUGAUGUCCUUGAUCUCUCUGAUAAUAAUCUCACUUCUUCUUCUUCAGUACUAGAGUGGUUGUUCAACUCCAACACUAGUGUUGUUGAACUAUAUCUUGGUUAUAAUCAAUUUCAAGGUUUAAUUCCAGAUGGUUUUAGCAUAAUAAUCUCUCUUGCAUAUCUCUCUUUCUAUAAUAAUGAGUUUGAAGGUGGGAUACCAAAAAGCUUUGGUGGUAUGUGUAAUUUGAAAAUGUUGACUCUAUCAUCGAACAAUCUUAGUGGACAACUUCUAGGAAUUUUUCAUAACUUGACUGGGUGUGCAAACCAAUCAAUUGAGAGUUUGAAUUUUGAUUGGAAUCAAAUAAUGGGAUCGUUACCUAAUAUCACAACAUUUCCAUCAUUGAGAAUAUUAAGGCUUCAAAGUAAUCUUUUGAAAGGGAUCAUGUCUGAAAGCUUGGGAAAACAAUCCAAUCUAGAGAUUUUGUAUCUUUCUGAUAAUUCAUUGGAAGGUGUUAUUUCUGAAGCCCACUUCUCAAACCUCACAAAAUUCAGAUUAUUAGGACAGUUUCCUGACUCAUGUUGGAUGCAUCUUAAAGGAUUAGAAGUUCUUAGUUUGGCAAACAAUCAUUUUCAUGGGAAAAUCCCAAGCUCGGUGGGAUUUCUACGUGGGAUUGAAACAUUGGAUUUAGGCAACAAUAAUUUUAGUGGGGAACUUCCUUCUUCCUUGAAGAAUUGCAAGGAUUUGAUCUUCCUUAAUCUUGGAUACAAUGCUCUGGCAGGACAGAUUCCUAGAGAAAUUGUGGAACUUGUUGGAUUGGUUUCCUUAAAUCUCUCAAGAAACCUUUUGACUGGACAAAUCACUUCAAAGAUUGAUAUGUUACAAUCAUUAGAAGCCUUGGAUCUAUCUAAGAACCAGCUUUCCGGUGGAAUUCCUUCAAGCCUUUCUCAUAUUGAUUGUCUAAGUGUCUUGGACUUAUCAAACAACAAUUCUGACAAGCCCUCAUCUUGGUACCUUUAA